GCAGUCCUGGACCAAAGCUCGCCCUGGCCCUUUCCUCUUUCCCAAUGCGGUCCCAAAUUCCCAAAAGGCGAGAGAGGGAGAGAGAGAGAGAGACGUCUAUUUAAUUCCAUUGCCUCGUCUCUCCAGGUUAGGGUUAGGGUUUGGGUUUUGAUUUGGUUCUUGGAAAUUUUUAAGGGUUAGGAUUUCGGAGGGUGCAGGAAUGGCGACGGUGGGGGGGCGGCGGCAGCAGCAGCAGGAAGGAGGGGCGGCGAAGCCGGCGAUGAGGAAGCCGGUGUUCACGAAGGUGGACCAGCUGAAGCCCGGGACGGGCGGUCACACGCUCACGGUCAAGGUGAUCAGCUCCAACACGGUGCUCCAGAAGGGCCGCGCCGCCUCCGCCUACCUCCGCCAGACACGGAUCGCCGAAUGCGUCGUCGGCGACGAGACCGGCACCAUCGUCUUCACCGCCCGCAACGACCAGGUUGAUCUGAUGAAAGCUGGCACGACGGUGAUCCUGCGGAAUGCAAAAAUUGAUAUGUUCAAGGGGUCAAUGAGGCUGGCAGUCGACAAGUGGGGUCGUGUUGAGGUUAGCGAACCAGCAACUUUUACAGUAAAGGAGGACAAUAAUUUAUCUUUAGUAGAGUAUGAACUGGUGAAUGUGGUGGAAGAGUGAGUUUGAUCUUUUGCCAGAUAAUUUUUCUGAUGCAGAAGGCUUUGAGCUUUCAAAGCUCUGUUUUUUUCUAGCUAGUUUCAUUCGGUCUCUAUGGUCAUAGAUAUCAAGGUAUAAAGUCUCAUUAGGAACAGUUGAAGUCAUACAAAAUCUCACUGGAGGUUAUGAUGCUUUUGCCUUUUGUUAACAUGUUGUCAUAGUUUAUCAUUCCUAGUAGUUUCAGUAUGGAUUAUGGACGGGGCUGUAAAUGGAUCAGCAGAUGCUGUCUUUUAAUAUGCGGACAGAUAUCUACCAAACUUGACUAAAGAAUCUAGUUUUAAUAACAGUCGUUGGUUUCUUA